AUGGCCUCGCCUAUUCUCGUUUUUCUACCCAAACACCCAAUGAUGGAGUCAUAUAUAGCAACACUAGGUUUCAAUAUAUACAUGAUUGCUUUGUGUCUAGGAGGAGAACUUGAUUCUGCUCAACUUUGCAUGGAUAAGAUGGCAAGCCUUUCUCUUCAACCUUCGCUGUCAGCUUAUAGUUCCAUGAUCAAGUGCCUUUACCAAAAAGGACUACAUGAGGAUGCCAAGUUUCUUGUUGAAGUUAUGCAAGAUCAAGGUUAUGUUCCAAAUCAAGCAACAUUCUUGAUUAUGGUAAAUGAAUAUUGUAAACAGGGUGACAUACAAUCAGCACUAGAAGUUCUGGACCAAAUGGAAGAGAGUGGAUUGAAACCUAGUGUUGCUAUAUAUGAUUCCGUCAUUGGGUGUUUGGGUAGAAAAAAGAGAAUAGACGAGGCCCUUGGAGUUUUCCGGAGAAUGCUCGAGGCUGGAAUUUAUCCUGAUAAAACUUUGUUUGUGACAAUGAUUAAUGCUCUAUCAAGAAAUGGGCGAGCUAUUCAGGCCCAUGAGCUCUUCGAUAAAAUGUUGGAAGAUGGAGUCCAACCAAGCCACUAUGCUUAUACUGCUCUUAUAAACGGGUUAGUUAAAAAAAACAUGAUAGAGAAGGGUUGUGUAUACCUCGAUCGAAUGAUAGAAGAGGGUUUCAUGCCAAAUACUGUUCUUUAUACUUCUCUUAUAAAACAAUUCUUAAGGAAGAGAGAGUUUGAAUUUGCAUUUAAGUUGGUUGAUUUGAUGGAAAGAAGUGAGAUUGAGCGAGACUUGGUAACUUAUAUUACUUUGGUCAGUGGCGUUUCUAGAAAUAUUAGGUCACUUGAUGGGAAAGGGCUUGUUCCACAGGGAAGGUAUGAAGAAUCUAAGGAAAUGUUGUUCCGUCUACUUCAUCAGAGUGCUAUGUUGCCUAAGGAAACCGGUUUGAAAAUCUCAGUUAGCUCUCAGGAACAAAUAAAAUAUCUUGCACUUUGGCUGAUAAACAAAGUGAAGAACACUCCUCUUAUGCCAAAUUUGUACUUGUAUAAUGGCAUAAUUUCUGGGUUUUGUUGGUCAGAGAGUAUGGAAGAUGCAUACAAGCACCUUGAUACAAUGCAAAAUGAAGGCAUCCAACCAAAUCAAGUUACUUUUACUAUUCUAAUUGAUGGGCAUUUUCGAAGUGGUGAAAUUGAUUGUGUUGUUAGUCUUUUCAACAGAAUGAAUGCACAGGGUUGUCCUCCAGAUAACAUCGUCUACAAUACUUUAAUAAGAGGUCUAUGCAGACAUGGAUGCUCUAUCGCUCUCAUAUACAAUGCUCAAAAAAGGAUUGGCCCCUUCUAAGGCAUCAUAUGAAAGUCUUCUCAGUUCUUUUUGUGCUAAUAAUUG